AUGUCUCUGAAACAAUUACAAAUCACCCACCUUAACGACCGCCGUUUAAACAGAGUGGUCCCUGAGCUGGUUCUCGCCUUUGACGAAGCAGUCAAUCACCCUUAUCGGUCCGAAGCCUAUGCACCAUGCUUUUAUCACGGCUUGCAGAGCGAGCCUUUGGGGGAUCUUAUAAAGGAGUAUGCCAACACAGUCGAAUUGGCUCCUUCUUACGCCAUGGAUGCAGAACGGCAGCAAAUAUUCAAAUCGCUCGCUUUAACCUAUAAUAGGCGAGCAAAGAACCCAGGCAGAAAAAUACCAGCCCUUUUCGCUACUCUUCUCCGCCUCGCAAGCUGUGUUCCUGAUCAGCACCCUGGACAGAAAUGUUUGCUCGACAUUUUCGAGACAGUCCUCAACACUCCAAAUACACGCUUAAUGUCCGGGCAAGUCCCGGAUCAAUUCAAAGACGCACUGGAAGACCAUUGGGCAUUAGGGCCCUGGUCUACAAGCCAUACUAGCAUGGAUCUCAAAACAUUCCGACACGAUGAAUGGGUAAAUUUCAACGCCUUCAUCGCAAUGAUGUGCCAGGAGCUGGACAGUGAUCAGAACGUCCAUCUUCGUGGCUUUGUCCGAUUUGUCGACCUCUCAGGCUUUGCCUUCAGGGGGAUGGGUCUCGCUCUUAUAAACUGUUAUGACGAGAUCGUUGAGAGUGAAGAUAGGUGUCAGAUUGCGGAUCUCAGGGGUCUUACGGCUUCUAGGUGGGCUGGUUACUGUUGCAACCAUCUUGUAAUUGCCGCGCACAGCAGCAGGCCCGUCUUCACUGCUAGGACCGGUUAUCUAUGGCCCCUGGACCAGCAUACGUGGGCCAAGAUGGCACAAAAUUUAAUGACAACUAUCGGCGAAAUUGGCACACCGUGGAUUUACGAGGCUAGUGUCAACACGGGCGUUUGGAUGGUGGGGAUAAUGCCGACUAUUCCUUGGCCCGGUCAGAAUAUGGGAUUGUGA